ACCCUGCAAAAUUACAAGAUACUAUUCGCCUAUAUUAUAUAUUAUAAUAUACGCUGCCGAUUUUUGCACACCAAAUACUUUGGCCGAAAAAAAAUAACUUAGCGGGGUUGUAAGUGUGCGUUGCCGCACGAAAUAGAUAUGUGGAGAUGGUGGGCCACGCGACCUUGGCGCGAAGUUAAAGGAAGUCGUGUUGCAUGCUGGUGGAAGAAAAAAAAAUAAAGAAGAAUGCGCUAGUGUACAAAUGUCUGUACAACUUGAAUCUUGGAAUAUACAGUACGAUAUAUAACAACGGUGCGCCUCCAGAGUCGUCUUGUACAGUCCGUCUUGUUCUCGGCGCGGUUUACGUACUACCGACGACGGCACGCGCGAAGAACAGCGCCCAAUACCUACCUACCGAUGUUCCCAUGUCCCAUGGAUUUCCGUGUGGUGAUCCCAAAGAGUACAAACAAACCGUAACCAACGAACGCCGGAACGCGGACGCGGACGAGCGUGAAAAAAGGAACCCGCUCGCGGACGCCUCUCGACGAGUAUGACGCUACAAGAAAAAUAUUGGACCAAGAUCGAAGGCGCCUGUUGCAUAGUGGUCGCAUGCAUCACGGCCCUGGUAAAACUCGUGUUGAAGUACGUCGUCGGCACUUGUUCGAAUUUCGAAAAUCCGUCCGAUGCUCAGCGAAAAAUAUACAAAACAGUUGCGGAUAUUCCAGGACCAAGGUCGUUGCCUGUAUUUGGAACCAGGUGGAUCUAUUGGAGAUUCGGUUUGUAUAAACUGAAUGCCGUUCACUUGGCAUACAAAGACAUGUUUAUUCGGUAUGGCGAUAUUAUUUGCGAAGAGGCAUUGUGGAACAUACCAGUUAUAAGUGUCAAAAACAGAGAUUUCAUCGAAAGAGUACUUAGGCAAAGCGGAAAGUACCCUAUCCGACCUCCAAAUGAAGUAACAGCGAGCUACAGAAAGUCCCGGCCAGAUCGCUACACAAAUACAGGGCUUGUUAACGAACAAGGUGAAGUUUGGGCGAUGUUACGAAAUAAGCUAACGCCGGAACUUACUAGUCCUAGGACAAUACGACGUUUCUUGCCAGAAGUUAACCAGCUAGCAGACGAUUUUAAUAACUUGAUUUCCCAAGCGAGAGGCAGCAAUAACGUGGUCAGAGGAUUCGAGUCGUAUUGUAACAGAAUGGGUUUGGAAAGCACGUGUACGUUGAUUUUGGGAAGGAGAUUUGGAUUUUUGGACGGAGAGGUUAGUGAAACAGCUACGAGGCUGGCAGAUUCCGUGACCAGUCAGUUUCGAGCGUCGCAGGAAGCGUUCUACGGGCUUCCGCUCUGGAAAUUAAUACCGACCAAGGCGUACAAGGAAUUCGUAGCGAGCGAAGACGCCUUAUACGAAAUCGUGUCCGAUAUCGUAGACUCGGCGUUGGUCGACGAGGAGCAGUCUUGCACGGACGUGCGCAGCGUGUUCGUGUCUAUACUUCAGGCUUCAGAAUUGGACAACAGAGACAAGAAAGCCGCGAUUAUCGAUUACAUCGCCGCCGGAAUAAAAACGUUGGGGAAUACUCUGGUGUUUUUAUUGUACUUGAUCGCCAAACAUCCGGAAGUACAGGAAAAAAUAUACAACGAGGUAUCACGGUUGGCUCCUGCGGGUACACCUAUUACCGCUGAACAUUUACACAAGGCCACAUAUUUGAACGCGUGUAUAACCGAAGCGCACAGGCUUACGCCCACUGCUCCGUGUAUUGCAAGAGUGUUGGAAUCGGAAAUGGAAUACGACAAUUACCGAUUGCCACCAGGGACCGUCGUGUUGUUGCACACGGGGUUGGCGUGUUUGGAUGAAAACAAUUUCAAAGACGCAACUUCAUACAGACCAGAAAGAUGGUUGGACGAGUUGACGAAAAAAUCACCAUUUUUGGUCGCACCGUUCGGUUGUGGCAAACGAAUGUGUCCUGGGAAGCGAUUCAUAGAACUAGAACUCCAAAUUGUCUUGGCUAAGAUGGUCAAGCAAUUUCAAAUCGACUUUGAAGGACAGCUGAAAACCGAAUUUGAAUUUCUUUUGACACCCAUUGACUCGAAUUUUAUUCUACGAGAUAGAAUUUGUUGAUGUUAUUAAAUUAAAACUGUUAUGGUUUAAUACUGUACCUACUUACCUAUUUUAAAUAAUAAUUUAUAUUUUACUAUUCAAAUAUUUAUUUUAUAGACAAAGUUAAACAUAUCACAUUCUACCUAUACAUAUUUUUUAAGCUAUGAUUUAGUGUAUAUUAUAUAUUAUAAUAUUAAAAACCACACAUUUUUGUAUAAGUGACCGCGCGUGUGUGUGUUUUUUUGAUAAUUAUAACAAAAAUACAUAUUCAUAUUUAUGUUUAUUAAUUCGUUUUCAUUUCCUCCUUCAAAUGCAGGUAAGUAAUUUAUUUUUGUAAUAAUCUUUUGUCAGUUCUAUCUUCUAAUU